CGGCAGCGGAGGGCUGAGUGCCAACCCGUUCACGGCGGCCGUGGCGGCGGCGGCAGACGCUGCCGUCGCUGCUGCCGCCAGCACGCAUUCCGAGGGCAUGCCGGGCUACCUUCUUGGGAACGGUGUCGGCGUGAUGGGCACGGGGCACGGGUCGCUACCGCCGGUGCCGUACACUGGCGGCUUUGGGAGCCCAGGGUACGGCGGUGACGGCAUCGAUCGUAGCCAGUCGAUGGUAGCGGCUGCGCACAUGGCGGUUGUGGCUACCUCCCAGCUUCAGCCAACAGCGCUGCGGACGCUCGAGGGCUUGUAA